AUGUCCUUUCGUGGAAAACCAUCUAAAGCUUGUGAAAGAUGUAGAGCUCGGAGACUCAAGUGUGACCUUGCGCCCGUGACUUGUGGCUCAUGCAUGAGAGCCCGGGUGAUUUGCACUGGAUAUCGGGAUACCGAAAAGCUGCGCAUCAGAGAUGAAACCGACAGCUUACAUCGGAAAGCGACGGCUGUGCGCCAUCGCAUCAAUGACACCAAUGGUGGUGGAGAUUCGCUGCUGAUGAAGUUAGGAGCUUCGAAUACCGAACCACGUUAUCUUCCGUUGGCACUCGACGUUCAGGCGAAAGAGUUGUUCUUCGACCAUUAUAUUCUUGCAGGUCAAAUCAACGGAUCAGGGGCUUGGGAUUUCUUGAAGCCAUAUCAUCAAUCAGAGAAAGCACCUGUAUAUUUACAGUUAACAAUAGAUGCCGCCAGUUUAGCAUAUCUUUCACACCAGUUCGGCUCGCAAAAAGCGCGUUUUAAUUGCUUUGGAAAGGAAAUGACGACACUAUUCACAACUCUACUUUUGGAUUUGUUCGAAAAGCUCUCAACUACUCAACCUUUUGGAAAUCGAGGGUGUAGUAGCCACCUACGAGGAGCUCUCGCUAUAUCCGAAAGUGUGGAGACCAAUUUACUACAUCAAGUACUGCAAUGCGUGCUUUCACACGGUUUGAGCACAAAUUUGCUCAUUACCUCUCUCGCAGCGGGUACUGCUCUUCCAACUGGUUUCUUUCGCCUUCGAGAAUACUUGGAGAAAAGUCCUUCCAUUGAUGUUCCUAGGAAUCCCAAAUGGCAAUUGUCGAAAAUAAUGGCGCAAUAUGUCAAUUUGCAAAACAAUAUUCAAAAUGGAAAACGCGCUAGGGAAAGCUCUCUUCAAGAAGCAAGAGAAUUAGAUUCUAUCCUCAAAGAUUUCUCUGACCGCGAUGUAAGAAUCAAACAAAUAUUCAGGACUCUACCCUCUAGGAUGGUCUAUGGAAACGUCUACUAUUCAUACCCCGAUAGACAUUCAAACCCAGACGUGGAAUGUUGUGAGACUGGCUCACGUUUUAGUGGUGAACUUUCUCGUAUCGAACGCUACCACUGA